CAACCGCAACAACAACAACAACAACAGCUACAUCAACAACAGCAACAACAAUAACAAACAACAACAACAACAUGUCGGGCCCGACGUCCACACCGGCCCCAUUUCACAGCAACAGCAGCGUCCAGUGUAACGACCAGGGCAACAAGACGGUGUUCCUCUACGACAAGUACAACGGCAUCCCAGACACGCUCAUCAUCAACGUGGUCGCUUUUGUGGUCUUGCUCCUGCUGUUCACCAUUUUGAGGAAGAUUGCCUGGGAUUACGGCCGGCUGGCUCUGGUGAACAGGACGGAGGAGAACGCUCCGUUUAAAAGUACCAAGUCGGGAUACAAUGUGUUGAAGCCGAGCAGGUGGACGUCUUUGUUUUUUGGUGACCAUGACAGCCGGUCAUCUACUGGCUCCCAGGAGUCGCUGGACACAGCCGUGGCGUCGCAGGACAAGGGUAUCUUCUCGUGGAUUGUUGCAUUCUGGAAACUCAGAGAUGUGGACAUCCUGCACAAGUGUGGAAAAGACGCCCUCCAGUACCUGUCUUUCCAGCGUUACCUCCUGGUCUACGUUGCCAUAGUGACGGUACUCUCUAUCGCGGUUGUCCUGCCCAUCAACUUCAAGGGAGAUCUCCUGGGAACCGCUGUUGAUUUUGGUCACACAACCAUUGGCAACUUGCACCCUGAUGACCCCGUGCUGUGGGUACACGCUGUGAUGUCAGUGCUGUACCUGGUGGCGGUGAUCGCCGUGCUGCGACACUUUCACCUGAACCUGGACGUGGAGGAGGACGAGCAGGUGAGCAGAACACUGAUGGUCUCCAACAUUCCCAAGAGCAAAUGUUUCCACAGCCCGAUCCUGCAACACUUCCAAGAGGCGUACCCAGAGUCCACCGUGACCGACAUCCAGUUUGCUUACAACAUCACCGGCCUUGUGCUGCUUGACCGACACAGGAAACGCGCUGCAGAGGCCAAGCUGUACUGUGAGAUGGAUUACCGUAAGACCGGGGAGCGACCGAUGAUGAGGCCGGUGACCUGUGGACAGGUGUGCUGCUGCUGCUCACAGGUGGAUGCCAUCAAUUUGUACCUGGAAGAAGAAGCGGAGCUGAAGAAAGCGUGCGAGGAGGAGAAAGUGACGUCCUACCAGUCCCCGCUCGGCAUCGCUUUCAUCACGCUGGCCUCCGACUCACAGGCUCAGAGGAUCCGCACAGACUUCCGGGCCAGCUGUAAGGGCACCCACAACCCUCAGAUGUCCAGUCUGUACCAGGAGCUGCAGGUCCAGAACUGGAUCAUGCACUUCGCUCCUUCUCCUGAGAACAUUUACUGGGAGAAUUUGUCCAUCCCAGACUGGCGCUGGUGGACAACGGCUAUCUGUGUCAACGGUAUCUUGACCAUCCUUCUGUUCUUCCUGACCACACCCAUCAUGUUCCUGCACACGCUGGACAUGCUCAACAUUGACAUCCGGAAGGGAAUGAGUGGCCUGCAUAGCGCCUACCUGGUUCAGUUCCUGCCCACGCUGUUGCUGUGGAUCGUCUCCGCCCUGCUCCCCAACUUUGUCUACUGGUCAGAUCAGCUCAUUGGACACUGGACAAAAACGGCGGAGCACCACGCCAUUAUGAGGAAAACGUUUAUCUUCCUGCUCAUGAUGGUCCUCAUCCUGCCCUCCCUGGGACUCACCAGUGCGCGUGCGCUGUUUGAGUGGAUUGUCGUGGACAAGGAGAGGAAGAUGCGCUGGCAAUGUAUCUUUCUGCCAAGCAACGGCUCCUUCUUCGUGAACUAUGUCAUCACCGCGGCCUUCAUCGGCACGGCCCUGGAACUGCUGCGCUUCUCCGAGCUGUUUGUGUACGGCAUCAAACUGCUGCUGAGCCGCUCCCAGGCCGAGAGGGCGGCCGUCAGGAAGUCAGCCAUCUGGGACUUCCAGUAUGGGAUCCAGUACGCCUGGAUGUUGUGUAUUGUGGCCAUCAUUGUGUCGAACAGCAUCCCCUGUCCCCUGGUCACGCCGUUUGGUUUGGUGUACAUGAUUUUCAAGCACGUGGUCGACCGCUACAACAUUUUCUUCGCCUACAACCCGUCGAGGAUAAACAAACACAUCCAUGGGUCGGCGGUGACCUUUGUCCUCUGGGCGGUCAUCUUGCUGCAGUUCAACGUUGUUUUCUUCACUGGCCUCCGGACAGAGGGUUUCCAGCCUGUGUUCAUCUUCUCGUGUGUGGCUCUCUUCAUCACACUCCUCAUCUUUGUGGGCCGCAUCAGCUUUGGCUGGUUCAAGCACCUCAAGCCUUCCAAGUACCGGUACUUCGAGGACAGCGAGCCCCACACGGCAGACAGUGAUGACAACGGCGACCUUCAAAUCUCCCGGCCGUUUGUGGCGCAGGUGCUCACCCAGGACCUGUCUGGCGACCAGGAGGGGAACGGCGUGACCUCGGGGGGUCAGAGAGGUCAAGGCUACGGCUCCACCGAGAGCGGCACGGGCAACCCUGACGACUACCUGGUGCAGACGACCUAGAUCCGGACCGCCCGUCGCUGAGUGUUGUAGUCUGUGGUCUGAGUGUGCGUCUGUCUGUCUGUCUGUCUGCCUGCCUGUCUGUCAGUGUUGGUGUCAAGCCACUUAGUUCCCGCCUUCUGUUUCAUCGUAUUUAUGUUAUUAGGUACAUGCAGUUAAGUACAUCAGAGGUGCCAAUUUUUCAGAUAAAUCUGGAAAUCUUAAUAUAUAAAAUUAUUGGGGUUUUGAAUGACUUCUGGGCGAUCGUCGCAACGUAUAAAAAAUAGUUUUAAUACAAGAUGCGUAGGACAGUAUGAUCUGUACAUUUCAGGUUCCCCCAGACGCGACUCCACAGGGUUUUAAAAGUUCCAGAUUUUUAUAUUUCGUAGCCUGUUGGCUCCUCUGGUAAAUACGAAAUGUUUCUCAUUCUGUAUCCAAGUAAAGAAAUACACGUUUUGACUGAACGUUCCAUGAAUCAUAUAUAUAUAUAUAUAUAUAUAUAUAUAUCUGUAUUGAGUAUUCAAACACCUUUACGGAUAUACGUUUGAUGACUGAUUGCAGUGUUGUACUGUAUGUCCGUGUCCUGCAUUCUCAUGCCGGUUUUGUAAGUUAUGAUUGAUAGUGAUGUGUUGCUGCGUCAUAUUGUAAGUGAACGACAGUUUCCCUCCUGUGUCGGUACCAUCGUGUAUCUUCUGACCUGUGGCUAGCCUGGUCCUCUUCGACUUUCCCACGACAUACAGACUUUAACAUAAGUUUAGGACCACUUGCAAACACUCUGAGUGGUCGUCUUGGGUCGAUCUGCACGUGGGCGUUCUUGGACUGAUCCAGUGGCGU